AUAAAUCUCAGAAUAAAUACUGGUGUUUUAUUGAAUAAUAAACUGAUUUAAAAAUUUUCUAUAAAUACUGUGCCAUUAACUAUUUUUACAAGUUUAUUAAUAUAUAUUUUGUAGAAUUAUUUUGUAAAAUGUCUCAUUUAAAUGCGAUUACUAUUUUGUCAUUAAUUGUGAUCUUGGCAGUUUGUGUACGUAGUCACGAGGAACAUGGUAUAAACGAUUUAAUAGACAAGCCAAAUAAAGCAAAAAUGUGUGACCCUGGUGUAAUGAGCGAUGCUUUGGCUGUCAAAUUGGAUAAAUGCGAUGAAUCGUACUCUACGGCGGUUGAGAAAGAAAUCGAAAAAUUUGAAAACUUAUACCACGAUUGCGAUAAAAAAGAGAAAGAGUUUUUCGCAAAGUUUAAGAAAUUAAAAAAGGAGGACAAUCAACACCAUUUACACCAUGCAUGCGAUGAGUUGAGUGAUAAAUGCUACGAUUCCUACUUUGCCAAGCUAAACGAGGUUGGCAUCAAACAUAAAAAGUCCUUGAAUGAUUGCUACUCAAAAUUAGCAAAAUGCGAUGAUGAGCACGAUAAGGUCUACGAAAAAGUCAAGGAGAAAUUUGAAUAUAUGACACUCAAAUGCAACACCAAGGACAAUGCAUUUUUUGCCAAGUUCAAAAACUUAACAAACAAUGAAGAUAAUAACAAUCAUUUAUAUUACGCGUGUAAGGAACUGGAUUUAUCAUGCUACGACAAAUACUGGGAAAAGGUGCAUGAUGAGGCUAUAAAGCUGGUAAAGUCGUCGUUGAAUGAUUGCUAUUCGAAAAUAAUGACCAACGCAUUACUCCCCAGUGGUUAUAAACAACACAAGAGAUAG